UAAAUAAUUUUGUUUGCAGAGUAAUGUACGACUGUGCGGAGCAGUGGGAUCCACAGUCAGACAUUUCGCAGGUCUACACUUACGUGGUGUUUGCGUCUACCUUCGGAUUGCCACUGGCGCUGCUUUUCUGGACAUAUUCCGUGACUUCCUGGACACUGUGGUUCAGUAACAAAGCACAAAGGGUGCAGCUGGUCAACAACAGCGAAGUGAGCAGGAUGAAAAAUAGAGUCAAGGUUUUCAAGAUCUCAGUGGCAAUUGUAGUGAGUUUUGUGGUUUGCUGGCUUCCCCUGCAAACAUUUGUCAUUCUGUACUACUCGCUGCCCGAAUUCAGAGGCUACUUGUCCGACUACCACAAAAACGUGUACGGCAUUUCGUACUUCUGCUGCCACUACUUGGCCUGCGCCAACAGCUGCAUCAAUCCCCUGCUCUACUGCUACAUGAAUAAAAAUUUCAGGGAAGACUUGAAAGACUGGCUGACUUCAAGAAUUAGGUGUCGGACAAAAGAGGAUAGAAGAAAUUUAUCUUUGCAAAACAACACGGGCUCAAAGGAAGAAUUCUCAAGAAUCUCGCGCAUCAGGUACAGUGCGAGAACGUCAGUUUCAAAUGUUCGCAUUGAUACCACGUCAUUGUAA